CCGAGGUCGAAUGAACGACACCAUUCACAAGUGCAACGACACUCAAUAUGUUCACUAAUCAUUAAUUCCUGCAUUUUGAGAACCACAGCAUUCAAGUAUAGCAUACCAUCACGACAUCACGACAUUGGAACCUUUGGUGGCGUCCACUGUACUUAUUAGAGGUAAUCUUCUGAAACGGCAGGGACGGAUAAGACGAAACGAGACAAGAACGAAACAGAUAAGACGGGAUAGAGACAACAGGAACAAUGGGCGGAGGAAAGAUUGAUGUGUAUAUGGACAUUGUGUCCCUAUACAGCUACCUAGCCUUCUUAGACCUUCAACGAAACGGUGACCUGCUCAAAGCAUACAAUGUAGAGGUUGAAUUCCAUCCCGUCCUUCUUGGGGCUAUCAACGUCGGCUCAGGCAACAAACCCCCCUGGAGCCUCCCCGCCAAAGCCAUCUACGGCGCUCACGAUGCUCGACGGUCCAUCGCUAGGUUCCCGGGGCUGGUGAUCCAGACGCCCAAGGAUUUGAUGGCUGUUUCCAAGACUAUCGUUCCCAACCGCGCCCUCCACUUCAUCAAAUCCCACCACCCCCCCUCCACCUUCCUCACCACCCUCCACUACCUAAUGCACCUCUUCUGGUCUCCCCCCAACUUGAACCUAACCCUGCCCGAAAACGUCGCCAAGGCGUUGUUGGAGUGUCCGGCGGAUUUUACCUCCUCCUCUCUGUCUACCCCUGCUGUUGCUGCUCAGAGUGGACAAGGGGAGAAGAAAUUGUUCACAAAGCAACAAGUAGAAGAAAUCAUAAAGGGAACUGAAACCCCCCAAGUCAAAGAGGCCCUAAAGAAAGCGACGCAGGAGGCGUUGGAUAAGGGGGCGUUUGGGAAUCCGUGGUUUUGGGUUACCGCCGACGACAAGAAAGAAAAAGGGGAGCCGUUUUUUGGGAGUGAUAGAUUCCAUUUCAUCUACAAGUUCCUUGGUCUGCCCUUCCAGGACGUCACACUUUUGCCUCCUGGUGGUAAGGCCAAGUUGUGAUGGGGCUGGAAACCGGGUUCUGUGCUUGGGAUUAGCAGGUUUUGACUGCUCCUUCGUUUAGUUUACCGAAUGUCUUUCUAACCCGGCAUGAGAAGACACUCUUCGGCGAUCUUCAGAUUCAAAUAGUCCGAAGUUGGAUAGAUGGUCUGGACCCAGCGAUCUUGCUUCUUAAACUGUAUGAAACUGGAGGUUCACAGCAGACAGUCUUCCCAUGCCGUGUUACCACUGACGUUCCCGAUCUUGAGAAGAGGUCGUCGAGUAAGUUAUAUCGGCGUGAAUGACCCCCAAAUAGUCGAACCAGCUUCCAAAAUAUAUUUGGAUGUUGUCGUAAACAAAACCAAAAAGGUCGUCGUCGUCGUCCUCCAUUCCUAGCAGCUAGGAACCCCUGACUGGUGUUAUGGAGCCACCGAAAAAAAAAAUAUCGUCAAAAAAAUAUUCGUUUCGACGUGGGCCU